AGACGAAAAUCAAGAGUAACAGAAUUGCGGUGGAAGUUUUGUUUUUUAGUUGCAAAUGUUUGAAAAUUCGCGUACUCUAUUUAUACAUCACAGUGUAUUUUGAUGGCGACUCUACUGACGUAGCCUACGCGCGCCAAAGAUCGGCGAAUUGCCCUGUUUCAGGCACCUUUAGUGCAAAUCCUCUAACACACAUAUACAUUAUCAGCUGUUAUUCAAACGCGUUCUUUAAUUGCUCUCGAUUUCCUUAUUUUUCCAUCCGCACGUCUUGAGUAACAGUAUUAUUACAACGGUGCAUCAUGAACUCGGCUGAGAAUUACAUUACUGGUAGUAAUAUGCAACAUCGCGACACCAACGAUCUGAUUGUCGAAUACAGCAAUGAAUUGUCACUGAUGAAUGGGAAAUGCCUUGAUAUCGGAUGCGGCCCAGGCCAAAUCACCAAAGAUAUCCUAUUACCUUUGUUGCCAGAUGAGGCGACAAUUGUAGGUGCCGAUAUAUCGCAAGAAAUGGUGAAUUACGCACGCAAAAACAACGCCGACAAUCAUUUGUCCUACAUCGUUCUGGAUAUCGAAUCAUUGGAUCUACCAAAGGAUCAAAUCGAACAAUACGACAACGCUGUUUCAUUUUAUUGUCUCCAUUGGUGUAUAGAUUUACGGCGCGCCUUUGAAAAUAUUUACAAGCUUCUACGGCCAGAAGGAAAAGCAUUAGUCAUGUUUAUAGCAUAUCACAUGGGAUUUGAGGCAUAUACGCGGUUGAAGCAGAAUCCGCGAUUUCAGCCUUAUCUACAGGAUGCGCAUCGUUACUUGCCUUAUUUUCAAAGAAUUGGUUGCAAAGAUAUGAGAGCGAGUCUAGAAGAAAUGUUACAAGACAUUGGUUUCAAAAUUCUGCAUUGCAGCAACAGGGAGAAAAACUUUCGAUACAGUAAACAGAGCCUCACAAAUCACGUAUGCGCCGUUAAUCCUUUUAUCAAGCGAUUUCCCGAUGAAAAUAUAAAGAAUUAUUUUUUGGAAAAACUUGUAAACGAAAUAAUGAGUCAACAGAAUGGUAAUGUUCCGCUUAAUAUAAAUAAGCAAAAAGAUGACAUUAUAUUGAAAUAUUAUCUUUUAAUAGCAUACGUGCAAAAACCGUCUACCUGAGGCAAAAGUGCAAAAUGUAUAUUUUUAGAUAAUUAAUUAUUUACGAUAACAUAAAAUUAACAGGUUUAAACUGUACGUCUUUUAUUUAAUUAUCUAUUGUAUUUAAUAUAAUUAUCCUUUGGCAAUUGGACAAUUGACCAUAUUGUAAAACGAAUAAAUAAAAUACUAGUUUAUUACAAACAUGCAAGAAAUUAUAUUCAUUAUUGGUAUCUUCUAAAUAAAAUGUUGCUUUUUCGAUAAACACUCCCCGUUUAAAAUAUGAUAAGAGGAGAAAAGAAUAUCUCGCCACUUUCCACACCAUUUUCUCCUACAACACUAAACUUUAUUGUACGCUAUAUCUUUGAUUUUACAAUAGUACAGCCAUUUAUAGAAUAACGUUAUUAUAACUUAUGGAUUUAUCGUACGGAUAUAAGUGGGCAUUAAUGGUACCGAUAUUCAUAUAGCAAGUAACAAUAUGUCUCUAAUUCUGUUCUCUAAAAAAUACAUCCAGGUUUAUAAAUAAUCUUGAAAUUGCUUCUCAUCGAUCGUAUUUGAUAUCCGAUGUUCGCUUCUGAGAAAGUACGACUAGCUUCGCGACCGCGAAAAGAUCAUGCAAACAUAUGUAAGCAAGCAUCGAUUUUUCAUUCUGCUCCGUUAUAUAAAGCAUCGCGAUAAUUAACCGCGAUAAUUAAUUAAUUUUCUUCUACAGCUUGCUAGUUACUUCACGGUAAAGAACCGGAAAUCGAUCCAAAUUGCGUAUUCGACCCAAGAGCGAAAGUAGGCGCGCUUCCUCCAAGCGACAGCGAAACCUAUCGAGAUGGAAGCAGUCCAAACUACCAUUGUACCAUGAAAUAUCCUCUAUUUGAAAUUCCUUCAUACUCAUUCGUAUGAUACGCAGACUAUCUUCCACACGUGAAAUGUGUCCUCUUUCUUUGUGACAUCCGCAUAAUUCAUAAAAUCGCUGCGUAAAA